AUGGAUUCAAACGAUGUGCAAUACGACUACCACGAGCAUGGCGAUGGCGUCCACGAAGUCCCACGGUGCCGCCCACUUUCGGGGAUGCCUUCGCUGACCGUGCCUCAGGUCUUGCAUUGCUCCUAUCACUACUGGCAUCCUAUGUACCGUUCCAUCACACCCAAAGCACGACUGAUCGCUCUCUCAAACUCCUUUUUAGAGUAUCUUCGUGCUGAUGGUAUAGUUCUCCCUCCGGAUGACACUCCCGCUGUUGCAGAUGAUGACAGUUGGGUGUCGUCAGGGGGAUACGAUGACGCAGACGAAGGCCUCCCAGAUCCCUCCAGAGAAUGGCCAGAAAUCCAUGCUCGAGUCAAGGCUACUAUCGCAGAGUUAGGAGGCAGCGUGUCGCCGAAGUUGAACUGGAGUGCGCCGAGAGACGCGACAUACAUGAUUCCGUCAAAUCGGUUGGAAUGUAAAACAGCAAAUGAUGUGUACUUGGUCCUGAAAAGUAGCCGUUUCAUUGCCAAUGACUUGGAUCGUGCGUUCGAGGGGUGCUUCCGGGAGCCCGCAGUUCCGACCAAGGACAAUGCCACGAUAGCUAAUGGAGAAAAAGUUGAUCCUGGAGACUUUCACGACCAAGAUAUCAUUCCAUAUUAUUUGGUGCUGCGAAAAUACGUAAACGUCAACCCCGCCCUGGAAUUCCGCUGUUUCGUGCGGUCACGCCGCCUUAUUUGCCUUUGCCAGAAAUCCUUCAAGUACCAGGAGUGGGUGUAUGAACUCAAAGAUAAAUUGCUACGAUCUAUUCAGGAAUUCUUUGAUCAACACCUUCGGGAAACUUUCCCCGACCCAGAUUUUGUCUUUGACGUAUACGUGCCACGAGACAGGGUCUGGCUAAUGGACAUCAGUCCUUUCUCUCAGAAAACAGAGCCGCUACAUUUUGCCUGGGAUCACAUACUUCAGAUGGAGAAACCAGACGAGGGAGAUCCACGUACCGUUCCCGAGGUGUGUAUUACGAGAGCACAGGUGCGGCAUCGGAGACAUUCUGAUAGCGGUGACGACGGGGAAACGACCCCAAAGCGGUAUUUUCCCGAUGACUGGGCUCGAAUUGAACCGCCUGUUUCAUCUUUUAAACCGGUAUUUCUACUUGCACCCGCAACCGACCCAGAAGAGUUGGGCCUUUCAUCGUCUGGUUAUUCAAUCAUCAAGGAGGACAGAGUGCCCCAGGAUGUCCUUGAUGCGGCGGAACACCCUGGUGGAGCAACAAAGCUUUUGACCAAUUGGAAAGAAGCACUUGAGAGAAGCAUUAAAGCGGACGAGGAAUACGAAAGUGACAAUGAAAGUGAGGCAUUAUUUGAAGACUCGGGAAUGGACGCUACAAGGAAAGCCUAA